UUCCUCCGUGUAAACUCACCGACCACUGACGCUCUCCGCUCCCGUUGCUUUCGAGCCCGUUCGUGUGCCCGUGUGCGUGUGCGUGUGCGUGCGUCUAGCUAGUAAAGUGACCAGCCUCCGACGGGACACACCCCCUGCUCCCCUCCUCGGCUACCCAACCCACCAAGAACCCCCGCAAGAUUCCGGCCGCCAUGGCCAGAUCGGCGCCGGAGCUGCCGCCGCACUACUACGCGGCCGCGCGCUCCGGCCACCGCCCCUCCUCCUCGCCCGCGGCGUCCUGCAUCGUGGCCCUCCUCUUCCUCCUCCUGGCCGCCGGCGGCGGCGCGGCGGCGCUGUUCAUUCUCUACCGCCCGCGCGCGCCGGCCAUCGCCGUGACCGCCGUGCAGCUCCCGUCCUUCGCCGUGGCCAACGGCACCGUCGCCUUCACCUUCCAGCAGCUGGCCUCCGUGCGCAACCCCAACCGCUCCCCGCUCGCGCACUACGACAGCUCCCUCCACGUCGCCUACGGCGGCGGCGAGGUCGGCUCCAUGUACAUCCCCGCCGGCCAGAUCGAUGGAGGACGCACGCAGUAUAUGGCCACCAGCUUCACCGUCCCCGCUUUCGCCGUCGCGGGCCCCGCCUCCGCCGCGCAGCCGGCCACCAUCUCCGUCCCCGCGUCCGGGCCGUCCCCGCACGUCACGGCCGCGCUGGUGGUGGAGCAGCAGCAGCAGCCGCCGGUGAUGGAGGUCGACUCGCUGCUAGUGGUGAAGGGCAAGGUCACCGUGCUCAAGGUCUUCACACACCACGUCGAGGCCGCCAAGGUCUGCCGCAUCGGCGUCUCGCCGGCCGACGGCCGCGUGCUCGGCUUCAGAUGCUGACACCACUGCUCGGCGGCCGGCCAAGAUCUGACAACCUCAUCAGCCUGGUUCUGGUUGGUUGGUAGCACUCUACUCUCAUGAUCAAAUUAUUAGUUUCUUUGGGUUCGAUUUAGUCAGUGAAAUUGUAAGAUAAGGUUGGCCGAUUUGUAAAUUAGAUUAAUCCCUUUGGUUCUCAAGAUUUGUAGUUCUUGGAGUUUACCAUAUUUACUAGAUUGGUGGUGUGUUCUUGCUGUUGUAGAUUAUUACUGAUAGAUUGUUAGGUGGAUGCUCAGAGUCCAGACCAAACAAAGAUUUGGUUCUUGAGAUGGAUGUUCCAAGUAGACAAUUCAUUCACAAUUGGUCCCUUGUGUCAAGUACAAACAUGGUCAGGCAAUGUCAGUGGUGGUAUGCAUUUCACCAUGUUUCCUGUUGAUUGGAACUAGCUUCUGUCUAAAUCUGAGAAAUCUUGUUCAUUCUGGCAGCAA